CGGCCGGCUCACCUCGGCCCGCGGCGGCUCGGGGCCCUGCGCGGCCACGGGCUGGGGCUGCAGCUGCUGCGCGGGCGCCGGCGGCUCCUUGUUCCGGAGGCUGUCUUCGUCGGGGGCCGCCCGGACCCGGGCCGGGGCCCACAGCAGCGGAAGUAGCAGCAGGAGCGCGAGCAGCCGGGGCGCAGAGGCGCGGCCGCUCCCCGGGGCCGCCGCCAUCCCGCCCCCACCGAGACGGCCGCCGCAGGAGGAAGUGUGGGCGCCGGGAAGCCGCGACCCCGACCCCCUCCGCGGCGCCGCCUACGGACGGCUCGGCACCAUGCGGGAGGUGGCGGUGGCGUCCACGGCCGCCCCGCUCGCGCUUCCCUCUCCCGCAGUGGCCACCCGACCCCGCCAACUGUCUCACGGCGCCCGGCCCCGAGUCCUCCAGGCCCCGCCCCCUGCCCGAGGCGGCCUCCCAUUGGCCCGGCGUCCGCCCCGGCGUCGUGACGUUAUCGGGCAGGUUGAGGUGCGGCUGCUCGCGCGCUCUUCCCAUUGGACGCGGCGCCCCCGGCAGGUACCUUCGCCACGUUCCUCUCUCGCAUCCUCCCCACGCCCCACCCGGUUAGACCCUCUACCGCCCCCGGUACCCACCGGCCCGGGACGGCGCGGCUCCUUACUGCUGCCCCCUCCUGGGUCUUCUGCCCCAAUACCCAGGCCGGCCUUCCCUUCCUCUUUACCUUUUCCAGGUGCCACUUCAGCCCCAGCGCCCUGGUUACAUGGCACACUGGCCGGGAGAACCGCCACAUCUGGCCGGGUCCGCACUCCCGCACUGAUUCUGCAGGCGAUCUACGGAGAAUUAGACUGGCCUCUUCAAACGUUUGGCUUUUGA